AAGAAAGUUACUUUUUAGAUUUUAGAUUCGCGUUUUUUUGCUGAAUUCAAGCCUUGUAAAACGAUUUUAAAACGUCGAAAUUGUCCUAAGCUGACAAUUCACGCCACGGCCUAACCGCUGGCGUGGUGAACGAUUGCUAAGCUUGAUCGGAGAAGGUGAUUUUUGGCUGAUUGAAAAGUGCAUCGAUUGAAGGCUAGUUUAGUUGCCAGAAUGACGAGCAUGGAGCACGAAGCGAUCAAGCUCGCUGGCCCGACGACCCCGCAAGACCUGGAUCUGGAGGAGGGUGAGGUGACAGACGACAGUGAGGAUGGAUAUAUCCCAUUACAGCGACCGGAAGUGGCCAAGACGUUUGCAGGCGGUGCGAGCGUGAGCCAACCGCGGACUACUCCACUGGAUACGCUGUCGGAUCAGGAUGACCUGAACGAUGAAUCGGACGCUAGUUCCGAUGAUAGCGAUGACGAGGGUGCUAGCUUUGGCAAACGGAUGAGGGGAAACAACGAUAAAAAGAUAAGGAUAAAGCCUCCGCUGGAGAAGAUUCCCCAGCCUCAGACGAGUCAUUCGUUGCCGAAUAAGUAUAACAUUUGGACGGAGAGUCUACAGGAGGACACGCUGAUGGAAACCAUGCGCGGGUGCGAUGUAACGUUGAACGGAAUGAGGAAUCGGGACGUGGAGUCAUACGAUUACAAUUUGAAGUACAGGAUGAACGGAGGCAAUGCCUUUCGGAAAGUGUUGAAACGGCGGCAGUCGAAUUCGGACGAUUCCGACGGAUACGGAGGCGGUAAGCGGUUUCGAUCAAUGUCUUUCGGGGGUACCGGCGGUAGAGAAAGGAAGAGCGUGAAGCUGAGACUCGGCAAGCGAAACAGUAGCGACAGUAACAGCAACGAUAGCUUCCAGAAUGCGCCAAGAUUUGCUUUCAGGCACAUCCUAGAUCUGAACGUGACGGAAGAUUGCGAAAAUCAAGCUUUUGCUGCAGAAUUAGCCAACAAACUGUGCGAGGAAAAGGACGAACUGAUGCUACGAGUUGUGACGAUUCUCGGAAAGGAGAUUCCAGCGAAGCUGUUCAAAGAAACGCAGAAAAUAGAAGCCGAUGGAGGAAUGCUUAUCAUGAACGGAGCCCGCCGUCGAACGCCGGGAGGUGUUUUUUUGUUUCUACUCAAGCACAACGAGGAAAUCGACAAAGACGCCAAACAGGCUAUUUUCCAGGAUGAUAAGAAAGCCGUCGUCAAGGAACGCAAGCACUCCCAGGCCGUCAACCGCGAGAAGAAGGUCGAAGAGCUUAAGAAGACCCUGACUCGGCAGGUGGCGGACAACGAACUGCCUACCCGGAGCGACCUAUUGCUGUCACAUCUCAAACCGGAAACCCAUAGCACAUUAUCGAAUCCACCGCCUUCCCCAGUGGGAGAUGAAAACCGAGAAGGAAGUCCAGAUUUUGAACCGCAAAAUGUUCACGUAAACGUAACCAGUCCAGAGAAGGCUCUUGUCGACCAGAAGGACCUUAUCGAGCCAGAACCGGAACCGGAAAGCUCCCGGCCGAACCUGAACCCGGAGCCACAGUUGCAGAGCUAUGAGGAUGACUAUCUCGACAUGACGUGCGACGAUAUGGAUUUGUUCUAGCGCUCCCCACCAUCACUACCGCACGAGAAGGAAGAUCGAUGCUGGAACGUUGCAACCUUAGAGUAGUAGUAGUAUGAUGAACAUAAUGUGCUGAGAGUACGGAGCAGAACGAUAAUCCGGAGCAACAUUGAAUUUUCUCUGUACAGUGAAUGAUUUAGGCGAGUAAUGAGUUAAGUUGGAAUUGAGCGGAUGGUUGAAAUUGAACGGGACGAAAACGAGUCACGUCAGUGAGUGUGCGAUAUGAUGGGCAGCCAAGUACCCGCCCCCCACAAUACGUGUAGAGUUAAGGCAAACCAUAUUUAAUGCAGUGGACACAACGUGUAGUUUGCAGGAAAUAUAUUUAAUUUU